CUAUUUCUUUCCAUCUCUCACCUCUGCUUUUUUUCCCUUCUCUGAGUCACUCAUCGACUACAUCUUUUUGAGAACUUUGCAUCUGUUGUUGUCUUUUCAUCUGUAUGGACCAUAUUGCACGGUGAUUGCGGCCGGCCGGCAGCGGGCAAAGACGAGAAUCAUGCAUAAAAACCCGACCUCGAAUCUUCUGACUUGACUACCUUCAGAAUCCUCUCACUCGCCCGCUCUGCAUUUCCAAAAUGAGCCUCUUCAGCGAUAUCGUCAAUUCGAUCGGUAGCGACAAAUCUCCCGCACCACCAAAGCCGCCAGCAAGGCCACUCAGCGCAAAUGCGCACCGACCGAACCUCGACGUCAGCAAGCCAGGUCCCCGGGCCGGAUUGCCGGUAGCCCCUUCGCCUUUGAAUGGCACAAAGCGGAAGGCCGACGAUAGUUCAGCAAGACCACCUGAGAAGCUCAUCAAACCGAAUCCUACGCCUGGCUUGACCAGCACGAUCCCGAAACGCCUUGUUGCCCCUCCUCUCAACGCUCCCAAACCGUCCAAUGGAAACGAUGGAAAAACUCUUCCUAUGCCCAGACCGAAACUCGAUGCUCAGGUGACUUCCCCAAAACCUAGCUCUGCGCCAACCACUCCGACCACCGCAACAGCCAAAGGUCCCGCGAAGGGUUCCUAUGCGGAUUUGAUAGCUCGAGCAAAACAAGCGCAGGUGGAGAGAACGCAACAAAGUCAAGUUGGCUUAAUCAAGCAUCAGGCAACCAAUCGAGAGAAGCCUUCCAGGUUAGCUGAGAGGAGACGUCAAGAAGAGGAAAAGGCAAAGGGUGUGAAGGAGAAAUCCAGUGGCGGCCGACUGGCAAAUAGUGGUAAACAGCAGGAUAAGUCUCGAAGCGCUAGCCCCGCGAAGAAGACGGAUCAUCCCAAAGGACCCAAAGCCUCACGACCGCCAUUACAUGCCCCCUCUUCGUCCGCCUAUAAAGGAACCAUGGGCACUGCCUCUGGUCGAUCGAAACUUUCAGCCAAGCGUGGCCGCAAAUAUGAUGAAUACCUCGGCACCGACGAAGAAGACGGGUCAGAUGACAUGGGGGGAUAUGGAGAGGACGAAGAAGAUUAUGGAUCUGAUGUUUCGUCUGAUAUGGAAGCAGGGGCGUUUGAUGUGUACGAAGAAGAGCAGAAGGCUCUCAGGGCUGCGCGGGAAGAAGAUGCUCGAGAGAUGGCUUUGGAAAAUCAAUUGAAGCGAGAGAAAGAGGAACGACGUCGGAGGCUUAUGAGUCUUGCAGGGAAGAAGAAGUGAGUUGGAGACAAGCAAACCCAUGUGAUAUCUGACUUGUGACAUGACAUUGGAACUCAUCUAGCCUUAUUGAUAAGUUAGCAUUGGUGUUGGCGGAGUUUUGCAUUACAGGAAGACACACGCGUGGCCCGCUGCAUACUGUACUUGAUGGAUUUUAUCUGCUUCUUUGGUCAUCAAGGUAUCAACUGCGACAAUUGUCGCCAGCAGCUCCUGUGGAGUGCCCAUUGUACUUUAUCUCGGGACGGACGCAAGGCUGAUAAUAGUCUUCAGCCUGACCCUGUGAGCCAAAGACAGGAACUUGGGUCAAGCAAUACUGCUUAAUGACAUCCACUAAUGACCAGCAAAUGAUCAGAUACACCUAUUCCAGUUUACUAUAGUGCGGUACAACGUUCAGCAAUAUCCGUCUACAUAUCCAAGGACGGCUGCACAUUUAAUCAGAUACCAAACUCU